AUGCCGUUUUCCGACAGGUGCACAAUGUGGACGAACCACCUUUUCUUGGAAACUUUUCUAGGAUGUCUCUGUCUUGUAACCAUAUUGACAUCAAAUGGAACGGCAGCCUCUCCCGCUGAAACAGCAGCGGCUUUGACGGAAUCAAGAGAUACUACCAUGAUAACUUUUUCUGGUAAAAAUACUGCGUCUCCUGCUACAAGGUCACUAUCUACGAUCCGUACGACAGCAACAGCAUCAAAAUCUUCUGUAAAUACGACAGCCACUCGUACUGAAACAACAGUAACUUCUGUGAAGACGUCGGGUUCCUCUGCAAAAGCAACGGUGCCUUUUUCAGACUUAACAGCUGCUCCUGACGGUAGAAAAAAUCCUUCCGUCGAGACAACAGUUGCAACUGCCAAAACAACAGUGGCUGCCACAGAAAUGAUAGCUGCUUCUGCGAAGACGACAGUUACUGCAGCCGAAAAAACAGUGACUGCAGGAGAGACUGCUUCCACGGAGACAAUAGUAACAUCAGGAGAAAUGACCGUUGCUUCGGGAGAAACCACAGUUUCAUCUGCCGAAACGACAGUAAUCUCAGGAGAAACGACAGCUACCUCGGGAGAAAUCACGAUUGCUACUGCCGAUAAAACAGUGACUGCCGGAGAAACGACAGCCGCAUCGGGAGGGACCACAGUUGUUACAGCCGGAACAACGGCUGCUGCAGGAGAAACGACAGCUGCUUCCACGGACACAAUAGUAACAGCAGGAGAAACGACCGCUGCCUCGGGAGAAACCACAGCUUCAACUACCGAAACGACAGUGAUCUCAGUAGAAACGACAGUUGCCUCGGGAGAGGCCACAAUUGCUACUGCCGAAACAACAGUCGCUGCCGGAGAAACGACAGUUGCCUCGGGAGAGACAACAGUUACUACUGCCGAAACAACAGUAGCUGCAGGAGAAACAACAGCUGCCUCGGGAGAGACCAUAGUUGUGACGGCCGGAACAACGGUGAGUGCAGGAGAAACGACAGCUGCUUCCAAUGAGACAAUAAUAACAGCAGGAGAAACGACCGCUGCCUCGGGAGAAACCACAGCUUCAACUGCCGAAACUACAGUGAUCUCAGGAGAAAUGACAGUUGCCUCGGGAGAGGCCACAAUUGCUACUGCCGAAACAACAGUUGCUGCGGGAGAAAGGACAGUUGCCUCGGGAGAGACAACAGUUACUACUGCCGAAACAACAGUAGCUGCAGGAGAAACAACAGCUACCUCGGGAGAGACCACAGUUGUGACGGCCGGAACAACGGUGAGUGCAGGAGAAACGACAGCUGCUUCCAAUGAGACAAUAAUAACAGCAGGAGAAACGACUGCUGCCUCGGGAGAAACCACAGCUUCAACUGCCGAAACUACAGUGAUCUCAGGAGAAAUGACAGUUGCCUCGGGAGAGGCCACAAUUGCUACUGCCGAAACAACAGUUGCUGCCGGAGAAACGACAGUUGCCUCGGGAGAGACCACAGUUGUUACGGCCGGAACAACGGUUACUGCAGGAGAAACGACAACUGCUUCCACGGAGACAAUAGUAACAGCAGGAGAAUCUACCGUUGCCUCGGGAGCUACAACAGUUACUACUGCCGAAUCAACAGUGGCUGCCGGAAAAACGACAGUUGCCUCGGGAGAGACAACAGUUACUACUUCCGAAUCAACAGUGGCUACCGGAGAAACAACAGUUACCUCGGGAGAGACCACAGUUGUGACGGCCGGAACAACGGUGAGUGCAGGAGAAACGACAGCUGCUUCCAAUGAGACAAUAAUAACAGCAGGAGAAACGACAGCUGCCUCGGGAGAAACCACAGCUUCAACUGCCGAAACUACAGUGAUCUCAGGAGAAAUGACAGUUGCCUCGGGAGAGGCCACAAUUGCUACUGCCGAAACAACAGUUGCUGCCGGAGAAACGACAGUUGCCUCGGGAGAGACAACAGUUACUACUGCCGAAACAACAGUAGCUGCAGGAGAAACAACAGCUACCUCGGGAGAGACCACAGUUGUGACGGCCGGAACAACGGUGAGUGCAGGAGAAACGACAGCUGCUUCCAAUGAGACAAUAAUAACAGCAGGAGAAACGACUGCUGCCUCGGGAGAAACCACAGCUUCAACUGCCGAAACUACAGUGAUCUCAGGAGAAAUGACAGUUGCCUCGGGAGAGGCCACAAUUGCUACUGCCGAAACAACAGUUGCUGCCGGAGAAACGACAGUUGCCUCGGGAGAGACCACAGUCGUUACAGGCGUAACAACAGUAGCUGCAGGAGAAACAACAGCUGCCUCGGGAGAGACCACAGUUGUGACGACUGGAACAACGGUGAGUGCAGGAGAAACGACAGCUGCUUCCAAUGAGACAAUAGUAGAAGCAGGAGAAACGACCGCUGCCUCGGGAGAAACCACAGCUUCAACUGCCGAAACUACAGUGAUCUCAGGAGAAAUGACAGUUGCCUCGGGAGAGGCCACAAUUGCUACUGCCGAAACAACAGUCGCUGCCGGAGAAACGACAGUUGCCUCGGGAGAGACAACAGUUACUACUGCCGAAACAACAGUAGCUGCAGGAGAAACAACAGCUGCCUCGGGAGAGACCAUAGUUGUGACGGCCGGAACAACGGUGAGUGCAGGAGAAACGACAGCUGCUUCCAAUGAGACAAUAAUAACAGCAGGAGAAACGACCGCUGCCUCGGGAGAAACCACAGCUUCAACUGCCGAAACUACAGUGAUCUCAGGAGAAAUGACAGUUGCCUCGGGAGAGGCCACAAUUGCUACUGCCGAAACAACAGUUGCUGCCGGAGAAACGACAGUUGCCUCGGGAGAGACCACAGUUGUUACGGCCGGAACAACGGUUACUGCAGGAGAAACGACAACUGCUUCCACGGAGACAAUAGUAACAGCAGGAGAAUCUACCGUUGCCUCGGGAGCUACAACAGUUACUACUGCCGAAUCAACAGUGGCUGCCGGAGGAACGACAGUUGCCUCGGGAGAGACAACAGUUACUACUUCCGAAUCAACAGUGGCUACCGGAGAAACAACAGUUACCUCGGGAGAAACCACAGUUGUGACGGCCGGAACAACGGUGAGUGCAGGAGAAACGACAGCUGCUUCCAAUGAGACAAUAAUAACAGCAGGAGAAACGACCGCUGCCUCGGGAGAAACCACAGCUUCAACUGCCGAAACUACAGUGAUCUCAGGAGAAAUGACAGUUGCCUCGGGAGAGGCCACAAUUUCUACUGCCGAAACAACAGUUGCUGCGGGAGAAACGACAGUUGCCUCGGGAGAGACAACAGUUACUACUGCCGAAACAACAGUAGCUGCAGGAGAAACAACAGCUACCUCGGGAGAGACCACAGUUGUGACGGCCGGAACAACGGUGAGUGCAGGAGAAACGACAGCUGCUUCCAAUGAGACAAUAAUAACAGCAGGAGAAACGACUGCUGCCUCGGGAGAAACCACAGCUUCAACUGCCGAAACUACAGUGAUCUCAGGAGAAAUGACAGUUGCCUCGGGAGAGGCCACAAUUGCUACUGCCGAAACAACAGUUGCUGCCGGAGAAACGACAGUUGUCUCGGGAGAGACCACAGUUGUUACGGCCGGAACAACGGUUACUGCAGGAGAAACGACAACUGCUUCCACGGAGACAAUAGUAACAGCAGGAGAAUCUACCGUUGCCUCGGGAGCUACAACAGUUACUACUGCCGAAUCAACAGUGGCUGCCGGAGAAACGACAGUUGCCUCGGGAGAGACAACAGUUACUACUGCCGAAACGACAGUGGCCUCGGGAGAGACAACACUUGCUACGGCCGAGACAACAGUAACAGCAGGAGAAACGACCGCUGCCUCGGGAGAAACCACCGCUUCAACUGCCGAAACGACAGCUGCUUCAGGUGAGACCACAAUCGCUACUGGCGAAACAACAGUGGCUGCCGGAGAAACGACAGUUGCCUUGGAGGAGACCACAGUUGUUACGGCCGGAACAACGGUUACUGCAGGAGAAACGACAACUGCUUCCACGGAGACAAUAGUAACAGCAGGAGAAACGACCGUUGCCUCGGGAGAGACAACAGUUGCUACGGCCGAGACAACAGUAACAGCAGGAGAAACGACCGCUGUCUCGGGCGAAACCACAGCUUCAACUGCCCAAACGACAAUGAUCUCAGGAGAAACGACAGCUGCUUCGGGUGAGACCACAAUCGCUACUGGUGAAACAACAGUGGCUGCCGGAGAAACGACAGUUGCCUCGGGAGAGACCACAGUUGUUACGGCCGGAACAACGGUUACUGCAGAAGAAACGACCGCUGUCUCGGGCGAAACCACAGCUUCAACUGCCCAAACGACAAUGAUCUCAGGAGAAACGACAGCUGCUUCGGGUGAGACCACAAUCGCUACUGGUGAAACAACAGUGGCUGCCGGAGAAAUGACAGUUGCCUCGGAAGAGACCACAGUUGUUACGGCCGGAACAACGGUUACUGCAGGAGAAACGAUAGCUGCUUCCACGGAGACAAUAGUAACAGCAGGAGAAACGACCGUUGCCUCGGGAGCGACAACAGUUACUACUGCCGAAACAACAGUGGCUGCCGCAGAAACGACAGCCACCUCGGGAGAGACCACAAUUGCUACUGCCGAAACAACAGUGGCUGCCGGAGAAACGACAGUUGCCUCGGAAGAGACCACAGUUGUUACGGCCGGAACAACGGUUACUGCAGUAGAACCGACAACUGCUUCCCCGGAGACGAUAGUAACAGCAGGAGAAACGACCGUUGCCUCGGGAGUGACAACAGUUACUACUGCCGAAACAACAGUGGCUGCCGGAGAAACGACAGUUGCCUCAGGAGAGACCACAGUUACUGUUGCCGAAACAACAGUGGCUGCCGGAGAAACGACAGUUGCCUCUGGAGAGACAACAGUUGCUAUGACCGAGACAACAGUAACAGCAGGAGAAACGACCGCUGCCUCGGGAGAAACCACAGCUUCAAAUGCCGAAACGACAGUGAUCUCAGGAGAAACGACAGUUGCCUCGGGAGAGACACCAGUCGCUACGGCCGAGACAACAGUAACAGCAGGAGAAACAACAGCUGCCUCGGGAGAGACCACAGUUGUAACAGCCGGAACAACGGUUACUGCAGGAGAAACGACAGCUGUUUCCACGGAGAUAAUAGUAACAGCAGGAGAAACGACGGUUGCUUCGGGAGAAACCACAGCUUCGUCUGCCGAAACGACAGUGAUCUCAGGAGAAACGACAGCCACCUCGGGAGAGACCACAAUUGCUACUGCCGAAACAACAGUGGCUGCCGGAGAAACGACAGUUGCCUCGGGAGAGACCACAGUUGUUACGGCCGGAACAACAGUUACUGCAGGAGAAACGACAACUACUCCCACGGAGACAAUAGUAACAGCAGGAGAAACGACCGUUGCUUCGGGAGAAACCACAGCUUCAUCUGCCGAAACGACAGUGAUGACAGGAGAAACGACAGUUGCCCCGGGAGAGACCACAGUUGUGACGGCCGCAACAACGGUUACUGCAGGAGAAACGACAGCUGCUUCUGCUGGGCCACCAGUAUCAUCUGCCGAAUUGACAGUUCCUCCUUGCGGUAGUACAAUUCCGUCGGCCGUGACGACAGUUGCUACUGUCGAAACAACAGAGUCUUCAGUGGGGACGACAGCUGCUUCUGUCGCAUCAACGAUGUCUUCUGCUGAAUCGACAGCUGCUCCUGAUAGUAACAUCCCGACUUCAUCUACGUCCGUGACGUAUCCAAAUAAAAUAGACCGCUCUGAUUUUUGGGUGAACAAAAGACGGCGAUACCUCAUUGAACAAUACUACAAUCGACAGCAGCAACAUAGUUCCGUUUCAAUACCUUGA